GAUAAAGUGAAAGGAUAUUUAACUUAUCAUUUUAUUGAAGUUUAUCUUAUCGUGGUGCAGUGCCAGUUACGCCAGUGCAUAACUCAGACAAUACUCGAUUAGAAUUUAUUAAUUGUUUUAUUUAAAAAAUGCAAGAAAUAAGUGAAAGUCUAUGCGUAGAACUAGUGAAGCUAUGUCAAAGUGCUGAAGAGAAUGACUUAUAUACUCGUAGUUCUGCAUUCGAUGAAGAUUUGUACAAUCUUUGUGAAGAUGCUCAAAAUGCUUUCGCGCAGGAAGCCCAAAACAAAAGAGUAAUAAAAAACGAGAGCUCUCCUAACAACAUCGAAGAAAGCGAGUCUGGGGUGAAGCCACCAAUUAUUGCCAGUACAUGUGAAUCUUUAUUUAGGAUCCAAGAGAUGUUACUGAAGAAUAUUACUGCCAAUCAGAAGGAAAUUCUGCAAUUGAGCAGUAAUAUCGAAAAUUCGAUUUCCUUCCUUACCUCUCUAAAUGUUGAGUUUAGUAAGAAGAUUGAAUCUCUGGAGAACAAAGUUAAGGAAGAUAGAAAACGCAUCUGUUUACUAGAAGCUAAAAUUGAGGAGAUGCAAAGCAAUAGAAAGUCUAAUUGUGAAAUAAAAACUGAACCAAAAUAAAAACCGAGUUGAAAAUGCAACUU